AUGAUUCCUCAUGAUAGAAUCAAUGAAUAUAACAAUCUGCUUGGGCAGUGUAACAAGCUAACAUUGGAAGAAUCAAUCACAAAUAAAAAACGUUUCACCACUCAAGAAGAUAAUCUUUUGAGAUUUUUAGUUGAUGUUUUCGGAACAGAAAACUGGAAAGUAAUAUCAAAGUACUGCUUAUCUAAAACAAGUAGGCAGUGCCGCGAAAGAUAUUCUACAUAUUUGGCACCCGGUAUUCGCCACGAUGAUUUUUCACCAGAUGAAGACCGAGAAAUCAUAUUAAAAGUCCAGCAAUUCGGACCUAAAUGGGUAGAAAUUUCUUCAUUCUUUAAAGGAAGAUCUCCCAAUUCACUCAAGAAUAGAUAUAACGUUCACAUCAUGCGGAAAAAGAAAAUAUCCAUGGAGAAACCUAAAAAACUGCCAGAUCCACCUAAAAUAGAGCACGAGCCGGCAAAGGAUAUGGCUGAAGACUUGAUCGAGCAAUUAUGGACUGAAAAAGAUGUAAAGGGUUUUGGACUCGAGUCAAUGUUUUCAGAGUGA